ACCAUGCUGAACAAAAUCUAUCAAAAGAAAUAUUGUGUAGCUGAUUUCUGAAAUGAAGGGAAGCACAAAACCUGUGGGAAACACUUUUUUAGCGAAGGGAAAGCAACAAGCAUGAAGUUUUGACAUCAUUAUUCAGGAAAGUAAUUAUUGCUUGCUAAACAUUGGCGUGAGUUUGAAUAGGAAAAAGGCAGGAGGAAGAUUUUGGUUGGGAGCUUAGAAGAGAUUGUGUUUGGUAACACAUCAACCAAAAGCCAUCAAGGUAAUAAACUUCUAUUCUGUUAUCUUAUCUUACAAUUUGAAUAAGGAAAGUUGUAGAACAAUUUUUUUUUCUUUUGAAUAGUUGCUAGAAUAGUAGGGUUUUUUUUUUUUUUUUUUUUUUUUUAAUUUAUUUAUAUUUUAGAAUUCAUUAUUAAUCCGUCCCGAUGUUAAUUCAUUAGUAGUUUGGUGAAUUAGUGCUUCAAGAUAACCAUUCCAAUAAUUAUUAGUUUAUUAAAGUAAGUUCUAUUGAGGUUCAAAGAAUCAAAGUAGAACUGUUUGGAAAGUACAAGCACUAAAAUGGAAAAGUUGUACAAGUUCAAGAACCAAAAUAAAACAUUGUCAUUGUUUGAUUUGAUGAUUCAUGUCUUAUGAGUGACCAUAGGUCCAUAGGGUUAUUGUCUUUCUUACCUAAGAGUUGUUGAAUCUCAUGCUCUACAGAACAGUCAUUCUCUAGUGGAGCUUUUCUAUGUUCUGUAGGAUGAAUGAAGUCAAUAUAAUUAGGAUCUGACAAGGCCCAAGUAAAUGCUACUAUCAUUGUAACAAGGUUUGAAUUGCUUGUUUCUAUCUGCUUCAAUAAAUUGAUAUCAACUCGCCUCGACACUCAUGGAUUCACAGAGAGAGGGGAAGUUUUGGUUUGACAAGUAUUACAUGUUCAAAUUUAUGGAUACGUGGGUGUGAUAUUUGUCAACAGCAAUUCCAACAUCAAAUAAGAUGCUGGGUGGAGCUUUUGUACCAGAUCGAACGGUGGAGAAUAUUGGAGGAAGAGUAAUUGGACUAUCAGUUCACUCAUAGUCAACAGUCUGUCAGCUUUUCCAGUAAAAAAGAAAAGAAAGAAGCUCUCUUUGGUGAUUCUAUAAAACCACACUUUACUAACUUUCCCAUUUCUCUCCUCUUUCUCCACAGUCAUGGCGAUUCUGAAGCUUUUUUCUCUUUGCAUUUCCUUCUUCUUAUUGAUCAGAGCCCCUGUACGAUGUGAUUCCUUACAUUUCCCUUCUUCUUCUUCUUCUUCUUCUUUUUCUUCCUCUUCCUCUUCCUCUUCUUUUUCUUCUGAUGUUCAACUUCUUUUGGGAAAGAUCAGAGCUUCACUUGAAGGAGACACUCAAAACUUGCUUUUGUCUUCAUGGAAUUACUCUCUCCCUAUUUGUCAAUGGAGGGGACUCAAAUGGGUUUUCUCUACUGGAACUCCACUGGUUUGCAGUGAUUCUUCUUCUCCACAGUGGUCUAAUCUCACUCUGUUCAAAGACCCUUCUCUUCAUGUUCUCUCUCUGCAACUUCCAUCUGCGAAUCUCACUGGUUCGUUGCCCAAGGAGCUUGGUGAGUUUACUAUGCUUCAAAGCCUCUAUCUAAGUAUAAACUCUUUGACUGGAACCAUUCCACUCGAACUUGGUUACAGCUCCUCUCUUUCUGACAUUGAUUUGAGUAGUAAUCUUUUGACUGGAGCUCUUCCACCUUCGAUCUGGAAUCUGUGUGAUAAACUUGUUUCUGUCAGACUUCAUGGCAAUUCAUUAUCUGGGUCUCUGCCAGAACCUGCUUUACCAAACUCCACCUGCAAGAAUUUGGAGGCUUUGGAUUUGGGCAACAAUCAGAUUUCAGGUACUUUCCCAGAAUUCAUUACCAGAUUUCAAGGUCUGAAAGAGCUCGAUCUUGCGAAAAAUUUGUUGUCUGGACAAAUCCCUCAGAGCUUAGGCCAGUUAGAGCUGGAGAAGUUGAACCUUUCAAACAACAAUUUCAGUGGAAUAUUGCCUGUUUUUAGUAACUCAAAGUUUGGUGUUGAGGCUUUUGAAGGGAAUAGUCCUGGGCUUUGUGGGGAGCCUUUGAAAAGCUGUGCAGUACCUUCUCAUUUGAGUUCAGGUGCCAUUGCUGGCCUUGUUAUCGGCUUGAUGACUGGGACGGUCGUUUUAGCUUCGUUGCUUAUUGGUUAUAUGCAAAACAAGAAGAAGAAGAGUAGGAGCGAUAGUGAAGAUGAGAUUGAUGAAGGAGAAGAUGAAGAAAAUGGUGGCAGUAUCGGCACUGGCGGUGAAGGAAAGCUUAUUUUGUUUCAGGGUGGUGAGCAUUUGACAUUGGAUGAUGUCUUGAAUGCUACAGGGCAAGUUAUGGAAAAAACAAGCUAUGGCACUAUAUAUAAGGCAAAGCUUGCUGAUGGAGGCACCAUUGCUCUGAGACUGCUGAGGGAAGGUAGUUGCAAAGACAGAAAUUCUUGUUUGUCUGUGAUUAAACAGUUGGGAAAGAUUCGCCACGAGAACUUGAUUCCUCUGAGAGCUUUUUAUCAGGGAAAGAGAGGAGAGAAGCUCCUUAUUUAUGACUAUCUGCCUAUCAGAACUUUACAUGAUUUUCUACAUGAAUCUAAAGCAGGAAAACCAGUGUUGAACUGGGCUAGGAGGCACAAGAUUGCAUUAGGCAUCGCCCGGGGACUAGCCCAUCUUCACACAGGUCUUGAAGUGCCCAUUACACAUGGCAACGUUAGAUCAAAAAAUGUGCUUGUGGAUGACUUCUUUGCAGCAAGACUGACAGAAUUCGGGCUUGACAAGCUAAUGAUCCCAUCGGUAGCUGACGAAAUUGUCUCGCUUGCAAAAUCAGAUGGGUACAAGGCACCGGAGGUGCAACGGAUGAAAAAAUGCAAUUCAAGAACAGAUGUGUAUGCAUUUGGAAUCUUGCUAUUGGAAAUUCUGAUUGGGAAGAAACCAGGAAAAAGUGGAAGAAAUGGAGAGUUUGUGGAUCUGCCAUCAAUGGUGAAAGUGGCAGUUUUAGAGGAAACAACAAUGGAAGUUUUCGAUGUGGAGGUUUUGAAAGGGAUUAGAAGUCCAAUGGAAGAUGGAAUUGUUCAGGCAUUGAAGCUUGCAAUGGGAUGCUGUGCUCCAGUGGCUUCAGUAAGACCUUCCAUGGAUGAAGUUGUGAAGCAGUUGGAAGAGAACAGACCAAGAAACAGAUCUGCUCUGUACAGCCCAACAGAAACAAGAAGUGAAAUUGGUACCCCAUUUUGAUCCUUUUUUUGUGCCACUUUAAAUUAUCAUGAGCAUCAUUGAUAUCAUUAUAUGCCCUCCCACCCUCUCUUUUUUCUCUCUUAUUUUAUUACAUUUUAUUUUAACAUGAACUUAAUUGUAAUACAUGCCGAUAGUGUUCAUUCAUGCUAGUAAUUAAGAAGUAUUUACAAAUAUUCUUAUGGCCUCUGUUUCUCCUUUUUGCUGGUUGAAGUGGUUAAACUACUACUUAGAUGAGAAGUGUUUUCCAUCAUCUGUAAAUGUGAUUGAAGUCUCGUUGUGGAGGAACCUUAAUUGAAUUGUU